AUGUGGACACAUGAAAUCGAUAACAUUAUAUCUACUGAUCUGAAUAAAUUGUUAGUCGGUAACAAAUGUGAUUUGACAGCGGAAAGAGUUGCUGAUUAUGCACAAGCUAAAGAUUUAGCUGAUUCAUUGAGUAUUCCAUAUGUAGAAACAUCAGCCAAGAAUGCAUCGAAUGUUCAAGAAGAAUUCAAAGCGAAAAUCAAUUAUUUGAUAUCAACCACUUCAGGAAUACCCAUAGAGAUAUCAGAUAUCAGUGCUAAAUGUAGUAUAAAACCACUGGAGACUACCAUUGAAACAAAUGUUGAAGAUAAUCGUAUUUUUAAACUCGUGGUACUCGGUGAUUCAGGUGUGGGAAAAACAUCGUUAUUCCUACGUUUUGCGAAUGACGCUUUCAAUGAUAUUUUCUUACCUACGGUUGGUGUCGAUUUUAUGAAUCAUGUAAUUAAGCAUAAUGGAACAACAACUAAAUUACACAUUUGGGAUACAGCUGGUCAAGAACGAUUUCGAAGUUUAAUAAGUUCUUACUGUCGAGAUUUCAAAGGUGCUAUCGUAGUAUUCGAUGUUACAAAUUUAAAAUCAUUUGAGAAUGUUACAAGAUGGUUACAAGAAAUCGAUGAAAACAGUAAUAACGAUGUGAAGACAUUAUUAGUCGGUAACAAAUGUGAUUUGACAUUGGAAAGAGUGAUUGAUCAUGCACAAGCCAAAAAUUUAGCUGACUCGUUAAAUAUACUAUAUGUGGAAACAUCGGCAAAGAAUACAACUAAUGUUGAACUAGCAUUCAUGUCUCUGGUCUCUGAGAUUAUGCCAAAUCAAUCAUCAGUCAAAAUAGAUGGUACAGAUAUUGAAAUUGGUUUACAAGAGAAGUAG